AUGGCCCAGAUCUAUUUGCUAGUGGCAGGAGUGAUGCUCUGCUCCAUCCCUGCUUGCUCUCUUGGCUGGAACUUGCCUAGAAGCCAUAGCCAGGAAAACAAGGAAGUCUUCCAACAUUUGGAACAGAUGCAAAGGAUCCCCUCGCAGUGGUGCCUAAAGGACAGAACCGACUUCAAAUUUCCUUGGAAAAGAGAGAAUAUCACCCCAAUCCAGAUGACUCAAGGCACCUGUCACCACCAUCUGAUGCUCCAGCAGAUCUUCAACCUCUUCGCCACGGAGGACAGCCGUGCUGCCUGGAACAACACCCUCCUCGAUAAACUUCUCUCUAGCCUUCAUCUGAGGCUGCACCGACUGGAGCAGCUGAAAAAAGACAAUCUAGAUUGUCGAGAUUUGGGACUUGCUGCCCGGGAGUAUUUCCACGGAAUCCAUGUCUACCUGAAGGCAAAGGAAUACAGCCCCUGUGCCUGGGAGGUUGUCAGAGUGGAAAUUGAAAGGUGCCUUUCCCUUAUGUGA